AUGGUCUCCUUCACCCAGCUGUUCACCACUGGCCUCCUCGCCACCUCGGCCCUCGCCAUCCCAGUUGCUAAGCCCAUCACCGUCGAGGUAGAGAAGCGCAACAGCACCACCAAUACUUCCAAGCGUGGUGCCGCCUACAAUGAUAUCGCCCUCGUCUCCCCGCUAGCCUCCACCGGCACCAUCUCCUGGGCCUACACCUGGGCCUCAUCGAUGUUCGGCAGCCUGCCCUCUAACGUCGACUAUGUCCCCAUGCUCUGGGGUGCCAGGGACUUCGGUGGCUGGGUUACCGCCGUUGAGACUGCCCUGUCCUCCGGCAGCAACUACAUCCUGGGUUUCAAUGAGCCCGAUAUGACCUCCCAGGCUGACAUGUCCGCAUCUGAGGCCGCCGGCUACUACCAGACCUACAUCACUCCCUACUCCGGCAGGGCUAAGCUGAUUUCACCCGCCGUCACCUCGUCCACCACUUCGGGUAUGGGUCUGUCUUGGUUCCAGGAGUUCAUGAGCGACUGCUCGUCGUGCGGCAUCAGCGGUCUGGCCGUUCACUGGUACGGCGACACCGCCGACGAGUUCCAGUCUUUCGUCUCGCAGGCCGUCAGCACUGCUGCUAGCUACGGUCUGUCCGAGGUCUGGGUUACCGAGUUUGCGCUCAGCCAGGAUGCGGGCGGUGUCAUCGAUGCUGCUACCACCUCUUCUUUCCUCCAGACGGUUCUGCCCUGGCUCGACGCCCAGACUAACGUCACCCGCUACUCGUACUUCUAUUGCGCUGAUAACUACCUCCUCACCGACACCACCCUGAACCAGGCUGGUCAGACUUACACUUCCUAA